UAGAAUCAGUGCUGCGGAUGAAUAGCAACCUCUUUGAAAAACGGCGAAGUCAUUUUGUGUGUUAAGUAGGUUCAAUAUAAUUUUUUAAAAACUUAAAACAAUGACAGCAAGAUACGAUAGGGCGAUAACAGUAUUUUCGCCUGAUGGACAUUUGCUUCAAGUGGAAUACGCGCAAGAAGCCGUUAGGAAAGGUUCCUCAGCGGUUGGCGUUCGUGGUAACGAUGUAGUCGUUUUAGGAGUUGAGAAAAAAUCUAUUGCAAAAUUACAAGAAGAAAGAACAGUUCGUAAAAUAUGUCUUUUGGAUGAUCAUGUUGUAAUGGCAUUUGCAGGCUUAACUGCAGAUGCAAGGGUAUUAAUUAAUCGUGCACAGAUAGAAUGCCAAAGUCAUCGUUUAACUGUAGAAGAUCCUGUUACAUUGGAAUAUAUAACUAGAUAUAUUGCAAGUUUAAAACAAAAGUAUACACAAAGUAAUGGUAGAAGACCUUUUGGAAUAUCGUGCCUUUUAGCUGGGUUUGAUUAUGAUGGUAUUCCUCAUUUAUAUCAAACAGAACCCUCAGGCAUUUAUUAUGAAUGGAAGGCAAACGCGACAGGUCGAAGUGCUAAAACUGUUCACGAAUUUUUGCAAAAGUAUUACACGCCAGAAGAAGUAGCAACAGAAAAAGGAACCAUAAAACUAGCUAUUAGAGCGUUAUUGGAAGUGGUACAGUCAGGGAAAAAGAAUUUAGAAAUCGCGGUAAUGCGGCGUGGUCAACCAUUGCAGAUGUUAGAUUCAGAUACUAUCGGGGAUUAUGUCACCGAAAUUGAAAAAGAAAAAGAAGCAGAAGCUGAAAAGAAGAAACAGAAAAAGUGAUGUCUUUAUAUAGAAUUUCACUUUUAUUAUUCAUUCAUUGAUAAUGUUUUGCAUAAAAUAAAUAUACAACACAUGGGUGAAAAAAAGAGAGACGAAAUUAUCAUAUUCCGUUUAUUUGUACUUUACUGCUGUGUUUAAAAAUUAUAUGUACAUUUACACAUAUUUUUAAAUACAUGAUUUAAGGCUAGCAA